AUGAGGACGGGGAAGAUCCGGAGCCGUGAGGAGAGGCAUCCCGUCGCCCGGGGAGACGGGAUACCCAGCUGGGCCGAGGACGCUGAUCGGAGGGGUCUGAUUGGAGGGUACGCGGGUCAGGGCCCCCCAGGUAGAGGGAGCCCACAGCAGCCCCCGGCAGGCUCCUCGGCCCCCCCUCCACCCACGUGCCCCAUCGCAAAUGCGAAACAGGAGAAGAUAGAGGAGGUCCUCCACGCCCUCCUGCCCCCCAGGGAGUGGGCCGACGGCCGCGGUCUGUGGGUGCAGCGGGUGUCCACCGCGCCCGGCUCACGCCUGGGCGUCCUCCAGCUGGAGGAGGACCUGGACCUGAGGCUGCGGCAGAGGCAGGCCCAGGAGACCGGCCUGUGCCACGUCCAGAGGGACCUCUACUCGCAGUGCUUCGACGAGCUGAUCAGACAGGAAACCAUAAACUGCCCGGACAGGGGGUUGCUCCUGCAGCGGGUGCGAGACGAGAUCAGCAUGUGCAUCGCUGCCUACGAGACGCUGGACGAGAGCAGCGUGGCCUUCGGCAUGCGGAAGGUUCUGUGUGGCGAGCAGGGGAAGGCCGAAAUGGAGGAGCAGAUAUCGGUCCUGGAGGGGCAGAACCGGGCACUGCAGGGGCAGCUGCAGGAGAUGGGGGCGGAGUGCGAGGCCGUGAGCCGCAGGGAGCUGGAGAGGCGGGUCACGGAGGAGCAGAAGCACACGGACGAGAUCGAGCUCCUGAAGCGCACCAACCAGCAGCUCAAGUUUCAACUGUCGUGAAAUGAAAUCACACAGAAGUGACCAGCGGACUCAUCGUGGGACAGCGUUCGAUGAAGAGCUGCAGAGCUCGAAGGCUUUGAAAUACUUCAGACACCAUCUCCAC